AUGAGAGGUGAGAUCGAUUAUAUGAUGGAGACAGAUGGAGGAGCAGAAAGUGAGAGAUUGUGGCGUGAAGCACAUCUAUAUGGGGACUUUGAUGGUGAGCAAAAAGAAUUGAUCAAGAAAUUGGUAAACUUUUUCAUGAUCGAUGGUAAAAGAACGAGAGUUCGUGCUAUUGUUUAUAAAACUUUUCACCUCCUAGCUCGAACUGAACGUGAUGUAAUAAAACUUAUGGUUGAUGUCGUAGAUAAUAUAAAGCCAAUAUGCAAAGCGGUCAAAGUAGGAGUCGCAGGUACUAUUUAUGAUGUUCCUGGGAUUGUAGCCAGGGAUCAUCAACGAACCUUAGCUAUUCGUUGGAUCCUUGGAGCAGCUUCCAAACGACGUAUAAGCUACAGGAUAAGCUUAGAGAAAUGUUCAUUUGCUGAGAUACUGGAUGCUUACCGAAAGAGGGGAAUUUCACAUAAGAGAAGGGAGAAUCUUCAUGGACUGGCUUCCACCAAUCAGAGUUUUGCGCAUUUUAGAUGGUGGUAAAGUGAUACCACAUAAGGAGCUCUUCCUCAUUCAGUCAUACUCAACAAAAGUAAGAAAUGUUUGACCCGGAUACUUUUUUCAUCUUCAUAUAGAAAGAAAAUCGGCCUUCCUCAUACUUCCCCCUUCAUUCAUAGAGUUGGAGGAAU